CCGCACUCCGCGUUUCCAGAGGCUCCAGCUCUAGAUAAAAAUGAUAAGGAUAGUUCUCAUCUUCUCAUCUCAUUUAUACGAGUAAAUUCCUCUCCAUAGUCCGUCUCCGUUUGCUUGUGCAAAAUUAAUCGCCAUAUCAAAGUUCGCUAAUAAUUUUAAAAAACCUUUCAAUUCGGAGUUGCCUUUCUCUUCCAGAAAAUCGACGUUUACUGACAACUAUGAGCGAAUACGACGAACGUAAUGAUGAAUCUUCAUCUUCUGACAGCUCUGACGACGAAUGCGACUACGAAAGAGAGUACUACGACAAUGAAUGCCCCAAGUGCAUAGCUGAUGGCAAUUACGAGUUCGUCCCGAUAAAUCCGUCUACUAUAACCGACGUGCCAAAACUACUGGACAUGGCUGCCGUAGCGGUUGCAGGUGCUUUAUGGAAUCAUGUAAACGUAGCGAAAGCUGUAUCCGGUGUACACAGCAGAUGCACGAAAAGCAGUACAGAAUGGACCACUGUGCGUGGAAAGGUGAUCGCAUUAAUCAAACAAUUACCUGCUUCUGAAGAAUUCACCAAACAUAUCGAUCGAUACGUACGUAAAAUGGCGAAGGAAAUUACCACCUGGGUAUCGUAUAUCUAUCAAACGGUGUUCUUGGAAAACGGAAUCGAUAAAUUCGUCUACAGUCUCGUCUUUCGUAUUGUUUGGAAUCCUGACGGAACCAUUAACUGUGUGAAAACGGCGAAAAAUAUGAAAACGUCGCUAAAAUUGAGCGAAGUUGAAAAAUUUCGGUUUUUCGCCACGUAUUGCUUGAAAGAAGAAAUGAGUGAAUUAUCGCACGGGUGUUCGAAGUACGCUCUGAAUUACGUGAAAUUUUUCGGAAAUCCGUUAAUUUUUUAUUGGGCCUGCCAUUUUCAAGACGAAUUGCAGAAGAUACGUGCGACUAAGGGUUUUAUCAAGAAUCUAUCUGUUGACGUUAACAUGUUGCAAAAUCGUCAAGUCGACAAUUGGUCAGCCAAAGAGUAUUUUUUCGAUCGUCUAAGCUCCGAAGAACAAGUACAACAGGCCAUUUGGCUGAUUGACAAACACGGAGCCGUUUACCAGAAAGAAGUAUUAUUAAAAUUGGACGAAACGCAGCGUCUGCACGUUUACAUGGAACGAGCUACUCAAAUAAUCGUGAAUUUCGCUCGUCCUUCUAUCAAUUCUAGAUUUCUGCUUCAAACAUGGUCCGAAGUUCGGAAUUUGAUAAGCCCAGAUCAGUUCUUCGAUUUAUUUCGAGACUUAUUAAUGAAAACCGAAGUGAAGGAUGUCAUUCUAACGAAGAUUUGGAGCAGUGCUAGCGACGAUUUGAAACAACGUGUGGUCUGUGCCGAGGAAUAUGAAAUAGUCAAAAAAAUAUUGACAGAAUGGAAGUGGCGCGACGACAGCGAUUUUGUAUUUGUUUUAGUACAAGAUUCGAACGCAUCGGUGAAAAAAGCAAUCUCGACGAAACCGUUUUUCAACAUCUACUGCGAAAGACUAAUAGUAAACGAUAAAUUUCAAAAGCUCGAUAAAUUGCUCAACUUUUUUUUGUGCGAUGUCGAAGAUUUGAAGCAGUUCAAAACGAAUCUCGCAAAUAAUUCGGAACAUGUUCGAAAAACGUGUUUGAAAUUUCAUUCUUCGAAAGAUACGAAAGGUUUGAACGCUUAUCUCAAACAGCUUUUGGCUCCAUUUCCUGGCAUUGUCGCUCAGUGCAAAAAGAAUUUGAUAUCAUCAUUCAAAUGAUAAGGUGGCAAAUAUACUGGAGUGAAUACAUUUUGUAUUCUCGAUUGAAUUUGAAAUAUUAUUAUUGUCUACUUGUUAGCUUUAUUUGUGUUUUUUAUUGUUGUGAAUUGGCUUAUUGAAUCGCCUUCUUUAUAUUAUUAAUUUUUACUUGGUCUUAAUCACCUUAUUUCUGUUUGUGGUUUUUUAUUUUCGUCUUGGAAUUAUUGACUCAUUACAUCGAAUGUCACAUUAUUCAAUGUCUUUUCUAAAAAGUUUAAUCAUAUUUCGAUAAUAAAAUUUCUACGAAUUAAA